AUGGGACUGUGCGGAAGUAAAACUCAGUCAAUGCCUUCACAAACUACGACAGUAGCAGCUAAAUCAAGAACGAAGCCAGUUAAUCAUGAUACAAUAAAGUCAAAGCAGGAACUUCGACAAAAGGAGAAAAAAGACAAAAAAAAGAAGAAGGAACGAUUAAAGAGCACAACUGCCCAGGUCGUGCAAAAGAAAGAAGGCAGCAAAUUGACUGAUACAAGUGAUCCGAGCAAAGAUGAAGUAAGCCCCAAGGAAGCCGCAAGGUUGGCUGCUGAGAAGAGAUUCCAAGAGACUAAUGAAAAGUACAAUAAAGGCGAAUUGGGCAAAAAGCUAGCGCAAGAGCGUGCCAAGUCUCAUAAGACUCGCUUAAUGGAAGAGGCCGAGAAAAAGCAUGCUGAACGGGAAAGGGAAAACAUGCUAUAUGACUGA